GGCCGGCGCGGUCUGCCGGGAGCAUGGCCGCCAGGGAAGCGGGUGGGGUGGUGCUCGGCAAGUCCGCCGAUAAGCUCUUCUCUCUGAGCGGGCUGUUCGCCGUGUACAAGCCCAAGGGGCCUACCUCGGCCGGCGUGCUCAACCUCCUGAAGGAGAGGCUGCUGGCAGAAGCUGGUGUGCAAACAAACGGGAACAAAAAGAGCCAGGUUUUGAAAAUUGGCCAUGGUGGAACGCUGGACAGUGCAGCAGCAGGAGUCCUGGUGGUUGGUAUUGGAAAAGGAACAAAAAUGCUGAGUACUAUGUUGGCAGGUUCCAAGAAGUACACUGCCAUUGGACUGCUGGGCAAAGCUACUGAUACAUUAGAUGCUACAGGAAAAGUAACUGAAGAAAAACCUUAUGACCAGAUAACAAAAGGAGACCUUGAAAAUGUGCUGCAGAAGUUCACAGGGGACAUAAUGCAGGUUCCUCCACUCUAUUCAGCUUUGAAGAAGGAUGGAGAAAGGCUAUCAACUCUGAUGAAGAGAGGAGAAGCAGUCGAGGCCAAGCCUGCUCGGCCAGUAAAAGUGUACAGUCUCUCUCUCCAGCAGUUCCAGCCACCACUGUUCACACUGGAUGUUGAAUGUGGUGGUGGCUUUUAUGUCAGGAGCCUAGUCAGUGACAUUGGCAAAGAACUCUCUACCUGUGCCACUAUGCAAGAGCUGACCCGAACCAAACAAGGGCCGUUUACGCUAGAGGAGCAUGCCCUUUAUGAAGACAAAUGGACAAUUGAUGAGAUUGCACGAUCCUUGGAGCAUUGCACAUCUCUUCUCUCAGGAGAGCCAUCUCAUAAAAAAUUGAAGACAGAGCAUCCUGGUGAAACUGCUGGGAGCUGUGAAGAUAAGUGAUAAGUUGGGUCAAGGAAAAAGACUGAAUGAUUGAGACAUUUUAAGAUUGGGUUGGGAUUGUCUUGCCUCCUGUGUAAAUUUACAAGUCUGUACUGGGAGGGUGACAAACUGCAGUGCAAGAAAAAUGGUUCUUUUGUUUUCUGGGGUUAGAUCAUGCAUUGAAAAUAUCCAGCGCUUGCUGUUUCCUGAUCUGUUUGUUUCCCUUGCCUGCCAUCGAUGUCAAAUCCUCAUCAACUUGCAGGGUGCAAUGUUCUUACAAUUACUCAAUAAAAAUAAAAACUAGUAUUUGCUAAA